CACUCGGCUGGGUCUGAGCGCGUCGGAUCAGACACACCGGAUUCAGACGGCGCAGGGCACGCACCGAUCCCCGCAUCCCCCCCAAGCAUGUGCACCGGCAAAUGCUCCCGCUUCGUGGGGCUCUCCCUGCUCCCCAUGGCCCUGAUGUGCAUCAUCGCAAACAUUUUACUGAUGUUCCCCAACGGCAAGACGAGCUACACCAGCCACAUCACCAUGCAAGUGUGGCUGAUGGGCGGCGUGGUGGGAGGAGGCCUCUUCGUCCUGUGUCCAGCGUUCGCUGCGGUUCGCGCAGGCGGGAAAGGCUGCUGCGGGGAAGGGUGCUGUGGAAACCGCUGCAGGAUGCUGCGUACCAUCUUCUCCUCCAUCUUUGGUGCCCUCGGAGGCUUCUACUGCGUGGUGGUGGCCGGCACGGCGCUGAACGAUGGACCUCUCUGCAACAACGACGCGGUUAACACGGACUGGGCCUACCAUCUAAAAGGCUUAAAUACAAAUUACCUUACAAACUCAUCGAGUUGGGGGGAUUGCGUGGAGCCCCCAAACAUUGUGCUCUGGAACAUCGUCCUCUUCUCCAUCCUCCUUGGACUGGGGGCUCUGGAAUUUCUCUUGUGUGCCAUCCAAAUAGUCAACGGACUGAUUGGCGUUGUGUGUGGAGACUGCCGAAAGGACGGAAAGAAUGAUGAUUAAGAGCUUAACACUCCAAUGGACACCGCAUGCCGAUAAUUCGCACUGACCUGACCC